GCUCAACCUGCAGGGGGAUUUCGACGCGAGCGAGCUGCCGACGGCGGAAAAAGCGCGGGAGGACCUCGGGCUCCCGGUGGCGCCGGCCACGCCGCUGGAGCGCAAUAUUCUGCUCGAUCUGGACGUGCAGGGCGGCACGCCCUUCAUGGUGGUGGAGAAGCCAGUCGAGUGGCGGCUUCACCGGAGCGGAACAGAACCGACCGACCCGUGGCAGUGCAAGAUGCUGCCCACCGAGGUGCCCGUCGUCACCUCCACCGAAGAACUGUUCGCGCAACCAAAUCAGCAUGCGGAUGGUGGUGGUGGUCCUACUGCUUCACCUUUAUCCCAAAGCCAAAGCUAUUCUGCAGAAACCGAGCAGUUGUUGCGGGAGCGCGCCGGGCCAGCGCCAUUGUCCUGGACGUUGGACGCCGAGGUGCCGCCAGAAGAGGAGGCCGAGAACGCGGCCGCGAAGCGGCGGCUGGUGCAG